AUGUCGGAGAGAAACCAAACACAAGGUGAGGCCGCAGGUGGCGGCGGACCAUCUAGCCAUCAUGGUGGUCGUGGUGGUCGUGGUGGUCGUGGUCGUGGUCGUGGCGGCGGUGGUUAUAAUAAUGGUAACUACCAAGGGUACAACCAGAACCCUCAAAUGGGCCAAGGUUACAGCCAGAAUUUCCAAGGCUUCAACCAGAACCCUCCAAUCGGACAAGGUUACAACACAUACCAGUUUCAACCCAAUCUCCCAUGGCAAGCUGGUAACGAGCCUUCAAACCCAUUCUCUCAGUCUCACCAGGGCUCGCAAACCCAGCAGAGUCAAAACAACGGUAGACAAGAGUUAGUAAGAAGAAAGAGGCCAAAGAAGGUUCACGAUGUUAAUGAGGUUAUAAUGGGCAAAGUCCAAACAGACAAAGGUCCUGCCCUCGAUGUCUUCAACGAUUCCAAGGGCGGUGGCCGGCAAGCAAAGUUCCACAAGCAGAUAACCAUCGCCGGUAUGAAAUUUGAGACUAACGCCAGACAAACGCUCAGCGAGCUGCGCCAGUCUGCAAAGCGCCAGUUCAAAGAAGACGAUGAAAUCCAUGCCAUGCUCUGGAAAGCCCCUGAGCCGUAUCGUGGGAAUAAGGCACACGCAGAACCCGUGACGUUUUUCGAGCCAGUCAGUAGACCAAUGCCUGGGCCAGGACAUGACGGCUUCGAAGAUCCGGAAACACUCCCCGAUGCUGUGGGUACUGACCAAGAAUUCCCUCUUUUACCCUGGACUACGGAUUUCGCCAAGGACGCCUUGAAUGGCGACAAUAGGGGAGCAGCCGAAGAGUUGCUCAUCCUUAUGAGGAACAACCAUGACAUGGAGCGUUCUUUGUGUCCCACCGACCGAUCAACAGAUAGCUGGGCAAAGGCGCAAGAAACAUAUGGUGGCGAGCCCAAGAACUUCUAUGCGAAGCUUGAUGAGAUGAAAGCCGCAUCCGGCCAACAACGGGUUGCCAACGCCGGUGCUCAAGGUCGGCGGGGUCUUGCCUUUGUGGCGGCCGAAAGGAAUGACAUUGCCUCGUCUUCCUCUCAAACAUGGCCAACACAGCAGCCUCGCACCGGGCAACAGUCCAUGGUCCCAGUUGCUACACAAAGCAACCAAGGCCCCUUGACAUCUCGAGCCGCUGUAGCUGGCCCAUCUCAGGCAAACCCGGCUACUACGGUAGAUACACCACGGGAGUUGACAAAGCGAGAUAGGGUUGCGGUGGCUCAAGAGAACCCCGUCUUGCCACCAAAUGUCGCUGAAUGCGCUGUGCAAGACGUAGAACUCGAUUUCUCGACUGGUGACAUGGAGGCGACAACAGACGAAAUCCACUCUGCUAAGAUAGUCAAUUUUGGCUAUGGCAUCCCUUCCGAGGAUGGGCCACAGAAGUGGUUUAAGCUAUCACUUCUUGAGGCCAAGAAUACUCAUGUUGAAGUUACGGCUUCGACUCGACUGCAAGGAGCUCAUCGCCCCAAGAAUAAAGUUAUGAAAGAUCGCAUUGAUAUUAUUGCGGCCUUCUUUGAAGAGGGUUGCAAUACGGAACCGACAAGAUACCGAAAAGAGUGUGCCCCUUUGGGGGUUGGGGGUAGAUACGAAUAUGAGAGAGUAGGCCACGUGGGUUUCGAUGGUGCCCUCGCCUGCCUCGACUUGGAUAUUCUGUCACUCGAAGCGCGAGCUCGCUUCACAAACACCCAAACCGACAGCGACGAUGACCGCGAGGGUCCCCCAAGAGAGACGAGCAUCUAA